GCUGGACAAGACGCUUCCGCGUUGGUCCAUUUUUGCCUGACCCGGUCAGCGCCUCGUUAUUCUUUAUCCCGGAGGGCAACGGGUCUGUAUUCAUUGACCUUCCGUUGAGAAGUCACAGACCUCGCUCGCCCGACCACAAUGCCAAUCACUGUGGCCGCGCCGGCAUGGCGCACACUCGCCUCUUCGCUUCCUCGGCAGCGAUGCGCCGCGAUCCUCCCGACCUUUCCCGCCGCGCGCCAGUACGCCUCGGGCGUUUCGCGGAAUAAAAUAAAACGGGAGAUGGAUAGGGCCGCGCGCGUGAGCUCGAGCAGGAUGAAUACGGAGCAGAGCAUGUCGCAAAUGCAAAAGCUCGCCAACGCGGAGUACUUCAAGGACGGUGGCGGGCCGCUCUUUCCAGGGACCUUUGUCUCUCUGCCCCUGUCUCGAUACCCGCGAAGCCCGUCCGAAUUCGCCCAAUAUCACUGGAACCGUAUGCGCCAUUGGCUCGUCGGCGCCGUCUCGGUCCUCAACUUCAAGCUCAAGUCCAUGCCGAACUGGACAACGCGGCCAAAGUGGAAGGCCAGGCGCGGAAAGAUUGCGCCCACGGCCAAGGCCCUGUAUCGAGAGAUGCUCGAGGCCUUUGCCCAAGGCGACAAGGCGACUCUGCAGAGGAUAUGCCUGAACGAGUUUGCGAAGAAGCUGGUCGCCGCCAUCGACCGGAGAGACCCCCGGGAGCGAGUGCGUUUUGAGCUCGUCAAGUACAACAGCCCGCUCUUCUUCCCUCGCCUGCUGUCGCACCAGAUCCACCAGGUCAACCCGUUCGACAAGGUCCUCGUGACCGAGCAGGCCGUCGUCGCCAUAAACUCGACGCAGCAGGCCUCUAGGCAGAACAUUUCCACCGGCGAGACGGUGCCGGGGAGCGUGAAACUUCAAGACAAGAUCGAGUACGUUGUCCUGUCGCGACAGGCCAACCAAAAGACUUUCGAGACCGGGCCGUGGCGGAUAUGGGGCACGACAUCGGCUACGACGUUGGCUGGCUACCUGGAGGAGAAGUCUGUGAUUGACCGUGAGCAGGCAAGGCGGGCAGGAUGGGACGAGUCCGCCACGAAAAAGUCGUAAACGACAACCUUGUCACGGAGCACGAAAUGCGAACAGCCGAAGAGGCUUCCUAGCCAUUGGUUGGACGUGUAUGGGAAUAGGAACAUGUAUCAUAUAAAGGAGCGUCUGACGUGACGCCAUUGUAUCAAUUCUAUCACGGCGCUGUCAGCGCCCAUGAUCUCCACC